AAAAAUAGAGAUUGAAAUUGUGGUGAACCGCAGAGAUGCAAAGAGAAGCGGCUUCGGAUCUGCCGCUCCGGUCAAGACUCAUCGACUUCCUCAUCCAAUCUUCUCUGCGGCUCCAACUUUCUCCGACUGAGAAGUACACCGCCUUGUCAAUCUUCGCUCAUAGAUUCUAUCCGCGGUUUAUGUGCAAGUUGGAACAGGGAAAUGACAUGGGGAGCUGGCUAUUGCAGCCCUUGAGAGAGAGCAAUUUGCAGCUUUUCGCGCUUGUUUCACUAUGGAUUUCAAACAAAAUGCACUCUUCUCCUGCAUUGUCAGUGAAGAUAUUCAAGUCGUUGGGAGACAAAAGUAUCAGUGAGCAACACUUCACCAUUCGAGAUUACUCCGAGGCGGAAGUGGUCUUAAUGCAGGUGGUGAAUUUUGAGAUUUGUGUGGAAAAUAUUGCAUUCGUGUACUUUGAAGAGCUUUUACUACAAUUCAAGGGAGUGGCGAAAGUUGGAGAACUAGUGAACUUUGAAGCGGGCAUGGAUAUCAUGGACCUACUUUAUGAAAAGGAGGAGACAACGAUGCUCUAUGCUAAUCCUCGUUUUCUUGCUGCAUCAGUCUUGGUUGCUUCAUAUGUGACUACAGUUCCUAAACAGAAGUUGGAAUUUCCGGUUCUUCCCUGGGACAGAACAAUUUGCCUCAGGAAGAUCAAGAGUAGUGAUUCUUCACUCAUAGAGGAUAUAAAAUCUUGGCGGGAAAUUAGCAGGUUACUGAGAAUCUGGUGAUCCGAGACUUGGAUAGUUGGAGUCACUUUACUGGGACCCCAACUCUGGUGAGAAAAACGCAUAUAAAGAUGCAAAUUGACGUCUUCCUGCCUUUUUGCUCUAAGUGUCCCUUCACAUUCUGGCAAUCUUCCUUCCGGCAGCCUUGUUUGAUCUUUGAUCACCGGCCAUAUCUGAUCAUCAAUUUGGUCAUUUGGUGGUCCUUUCUUCAUACGUAGCUCUAACCAACUCUUUGGUCCACCGUACCAUUCGUACAGCAACAUAGAACUAGAAUCCUUGCUGAAAAAUUCUUCUAAACUAGUCUCACAUUUUAGAGGCAACACUGCCUAUCCUUCUCAUAGUUUUUUUUUUAAAUUCUCUUCUAGAUAGACUAAUGAGUUGCGUCCUGAGAAUCAGCUUGUGGCCUCACUCCGACUUUUUUAUUUUCUCUUGGUAAUAUAUGUGUCACUGAUGUUAUCUAAACACUAUAGCUAUUAAUGGAACAUUUGGAAGAUUAAGCUCAAAAAGCUGA